ACAUAUGGAUACCUGAUAGACAUCAAACUCGAGUGUGGUGAAAUAUACUUUACAACUAUAUCAUUUGGGAGGGGGGCUAAAUCAUGGAUAUAUUAAGAGUUGAUUGUGAAUUUAACUAAGAUACUGAAUGAUAUGACCAGGUAUCUUUCAGUUACCAAUUAAACCUACAGUAGGUAGCACUAUUAUAUUUGUGAUGUGGUUCCUUUUAAUUUCAUUUGCAGCCUUCCUAGUGCUGGGCCAAGGCCAAACGGUAGUGGAAGUCGACGUUACUGAAUCCAAGGCUUUCCAAUAUACUGUGACCGAAACAAGGAUCGAAAGCUGUCUGGUAACUCUGCCUAAUGGUAACAUACAUGAAUUGCUACCAAACAAAACCAUCAUAACUGAAGUUGAUGAAAGAUACACAGUCUCAAGCAAGACGAAUGGCAGAACAUGUGGGCUGUCCAUUGAUUCUACCACCUUUUCUGACAGUGGAACAUACUUACUGGAUAUAACCAGCACAAAUGGCACUUCUUACCAAAACACAUAUAUUUUACGCGUCCAAGAGAGAACAGACAUUUGGCCGUCAAGCACAAUCGAAGUCAUUGCUUCUGCGACCGUCUACAUAUUUCUACCAAAUAAUGGAGGAACUGUCCAAACUUGUAUCUUGAAGCCUCCUGGAAGUGAAGAAGUUGAGGUAAAAUUUGGCAGAAGUAUUAGUAGCUCUAUUAAACAGUGGAGUCCAAGUUCAGAUGCCUGGUGUGGUGUCGAAAUCAGAAAUAUCAGUGAAGUAGGAUACUGGAAGCUGUCAGCAGCUGUGAAUGCUACACAUUGGUAUUACACUAGAACGCUUGUAGAAGUUGAAGAUUUCUCCACUCUAGCUGAUACGCGGGCAGUUCUCACUCCAGUCGUGGGAGAAACUUUAAACGACUCUAUCGGGAAUGAAAAUGCUAGUUAUUGCCAGUUAAAAGAUCCACAGGGUGAAAUAGCGCAAGUAGUGGCCGGAGCUUGCAGUUUCAAUCUGUCAGUGGUCACCUCACAGCACAAUGGAACGUGGAUUGCAUCAACUGGUUUGAAGGGCUCUCCCACUGAAAUAGUAGAUAUUAUCGAGUUGGAUGUCCAAGAGAUUCCAUAUAUUUAUGCCACAUCUGAUGAGAAUAAAGUAACCACAGGUGCAAUUGACCUAUACUGCAGAGUUCCAGAUACUGUGAGUGAGGUAUGUCGAUUUGUAUCUCCGACUGGUUUGGGUGUUUCUAUGGUACUUGGUGUAGGUAAUGAAAAGUAUGCCCCAUAUUUUGAUCCCAAUGGUCUGUACACAUGUGGUUUGACGAUACGUCAAUUAUCAAGUGAUGAUUAUGGAACAUGGACGUGCUAUACUGGUAACUCGAGUGAUAUAAGAAUUGGGUAUAUCUCGGUGAUAGCAAGUGAACCUGAAGAGGUAGAAAUCAUCAGUAGAGCAGCACGUGCUUCUACUGCAGCUAUCUCUGUUUCGGAUUCAUAUACAGCAUACAGCGUUUACAAUGAAUCUCUGACAUUGUCAUGUAGUGCUCUGACAAGUCUGACUUAUUGCUGGUUUAAACACCCAAAUGGCUCCUAUUAUUCAGCUUCACCUGACACAUCAGAUAACAAUCUAUACACUUAUUCUGGAAGUGGCUUGUCUCUUGGUUCAUGUGCAAUCACUUUCACACACUCCACCUAUGAUGAUGCUGGUACUUGGACAUGUAAUAUGGGUAUCGAAGAAAAAGAAAGGGAUGUCAGUGUAAAUAUUACUGUUAAAGUAACGCCAAGCACCCUGACUGUAGUAUCAGUCGAAGAAACUGAUGGUGUAGCAACUGUCCAAUGUGCAGUCAUAGAUACAGCUAAGGCAUUAUCAUACUGCCGUUUUAUUAGACCUGAUGGUGUUGGAAUCAAUGCCAUGUAUGCUAAUCACGACUCUAAAUACAGUUUCACUGGAGAUCUGGCACAAGGUACAUGCAAAAUUAUCAUAAGCAAUGUGCAAGCUGUUGAUAUCGGAAAUUGGGUUUGCGCUGGAAAAUUACAGAUAGUUGGUCCCGAGUUAUCCGAUACAUUCAGAAUCAGUUCAGCUCCUAGACUGGGAUUGAGUGUAUUUCUGAUAGCUGCUCUGAUAAUUCGAAUUAUAAUUACUUGAUAUCUAUAGAUUUGAUUAAGAAAGUUUGAUAUGUGUAUAUCGUUCGAAUGAUAUGAUAGUUGAAUAAAUUGAUUAGUUCGGCAUUGA